AUGGGUGGGCAUGGAGGGAUCGCCGAUGCAGCAGAUGGCCGGAAUUGUCCGUCGGAGACCGACAACCCGGCUAAGGAAAUCGAAAUGGAGGACUCACCAAUUGAGCAAGUGCGGCUGACAGUCCCAAACACGGAUGACCCAUCCCUACCCGCCCUCACGUUCCGGACAUGGACCCUCGGCCUCAUCUCCUGCGUCGUGCUGGCCUUCCUCAACCAGUUCUUCGGCUACAGGAAGAACCAGAUCACCAUCACUUCGCUCGCUGCACAGAUCGUGUCGCUGCCCCUCGGGAGGCUCAUGGCGGCCAAGCUGCCGAAGAAGAUGAUCAGGGUGCCGGGGACGAGCUGGGAGUUCUCGCUGAACCCUGGCCCCUUCAACAUGAAGGAACAUGUGCUCAUCACGAUAUUUGCGAGUUCUGGUUCUGGUGGUGUUUAUGCUGUUCACAUUGUGACCAUAAUGAGGGCCUUUUACCACAGAAGCUUCAAUCCCCUUGCUGGUUUUCUGCUCUCACAAACCACACAGUUGCUUGGUUAUGGAUGGGCUGGUAUCUUCAGGACUUUCCUUGUGGAUUCUCCCUACAUGUGGUGGCCGAACAACUUGAUUCAAGUCUCCUUGUUCAGGACCCUGCAUGAAAAGGAAGUGAGGAAGAGGAGGGGGGUGACAAGGCUGCAGUUCUUCAUGAUCGUGUUCGUCUGCAGUUUCGCCUACUACAUCGUGCCGAACUACCUGUUCCAGGCCAUCUCCCUCUUCUCCGUCGCCUGCUACAUCUGGAAGGACAACAUCUUCGCCCAGCAGAUGGGAUCGGGCGACCAGGGGCUGGGCAUCGGGGCCUUCGGGCUCGACUGGUCCACCGUCACCGGCUACCUCGGCUCCCCUCUGGGCUCGCCGGGCUUCGCCAUCCUGAACGUGGCGGCCGGCUUCAUUCUGUUCCUCUACGUCCUCGUCCCCAUCUCCUACUUCAAUAACUCCUACCAGGGCAAGCGCUUCCCUUUCGCAUCCUCCGGCGUCUUCGACGGGCAGGGCCAGCCUUACCAUCCCAUGUCCGUCAUCAACCCGAAGACGUUUGAGUUCGAUCCCGUCGCCUACGCCAAGAAGGGUCCGGUCCACCUGAGCAACUUCUUCGCCCUUGCUUACAGCCUCAACUUCGCCACCCUCACUGCCGUCUUCUCCCACGUGAUCCUCUUCCACGGAAGGUCGAUAGUGCAGAUGACCAGAAAAGCAUUCAACAGAGAGGAUGAGGAUAUACACGGCAGAUUGAUGAGGAAGAACUAUAAGAGGGUGCCGGAGUGGUGGUUCAGCAUCAUUCUUGUUGUAACGAUCGGCUUGGCUUUCCUCACCUGUCUCGGAUUCGGCGGGCAAUUGCAGCUUCCUUGGUGGGGGAUUAUACUUGCAUGUGUUCUUUCUUUCGCCUUCACUCUCCCCAUUGGGAUCAUUACAUCUACCACUAAUCAGCAACCAGGGCUGAAUGUGAUCACGGAGAUGAUUAUAGGAUACAUGUACCCGGGCAAGCCUCUGGCCAACGUUGCAUUCAAGACGUAUGGGUACAUCAGCAUGAGCCAAGCCAUUUCUUUCCUUUCCGAUUUUAAGCUCGGCCAUUACAUGAAGAUCCCACCAAGGUCCAUGUUCAUUGUUCAGUUGGUCGGGACGGUGGUGGCGUGUUCGGUGUACUUCGGGACGGCCUGGUGGCUCCUGCUCAGUGUCCCGAACAUCUGCGACGCGGCGAAGAACCCGUUGUGGAGGUGCCCGAACGACGCUGUCUUCUUCAGCGCCUCGGUCAUAUGGGGGGUGGUCGGUCCGAACCGGAUGUUCGGAAGCGAAGGCCUGUACGUGAAGCUGAACUGGUGGUUCCUGGUGGGGCUGCUGGCGCCGCUGCCCGUCUGGGCCCUCUCCCGCGCCUUCCCGGAGAAGAAGUGGAUCAGACUCAUCAACGUCCCCGUCAUCCUGGGAGCCACCGGAAGCAUGCCCCCCGCCGGCGCCGUCAACUACUGGUCGUGGAUCAUCGUCGGCGUCGUCUUCAACAUCGUGAUCUACAGGCGGUACAAGAAGUGGUGGGCCGACCACACGUACGUGCUCUCCGCCGCGCUCGACAUCGGCCUCGCCUUCUCCGGCGUGGUCAUCUACUACGCUCUUCAGGCAUGGCUCGGCCCCGACGACAGCUACGGCGUCCAGUGGUGGGGGACGCUCAACGACAGCUCAAACUGCGACGUCGCUUCCUGCCCCACCGAUCCCGCCAUAAUCGUCGACGGCUGCCCUCGCUUCGCUGCCUAA